GUCAGCAACGCGAGGGGGGAGUUUUGUCCCUCCGCGGACCCCGUUUCUCUAGGCCUUAACCUCCUCGCAACCAACGAGCUGGUUUCCUUUUUCCGGCGCUCCGGGUGCGAGAGCCGGGUUGGGCCACCUAGACAGCGGGCAGUAUUUGCAACCCCGACGCUCCCCUGAAGACCUCAAAAACUAACAUCGUACCGGGCAGUGUGUGCGCCAUGAGCAACGCGGGACUUGAUUCUGAGCAGGUAUCUGCCGUGAUCCAGAAACUGAAAUCCGACCCUCAGUUUGUACUUGCCCAGAAUGUCGGGACCACCCACGACCUGCUGGACAUCUGCCUGAAAAGGGCCACGGUGCAGUGCGCGCAGCAUGUGUUCCAGCACGUUGUGCCUCUGGAAGGCAAGCCAGUCACCAACCAGAAGAGCUCUGGGCGAUGCUGGAUCUUUUCUUGUCUGAAUGUUAUGAGACUUCCAUUCAUGAAAAAAUUAAAUAUUGAAGAAUUUGAGUUUAGUCAGUCUUACCUCUUUUUCUGGGACAAGGUUGAACGCUGUUAUUUCUUCUUGAAUGCUUUUGUGGACACAGCCCAGAAAAAAGAGCCCGAGGAUGGGAGGCUGGUGCAAUAUUUGCUUAUGAACCCUACAAAUGAUGGUGGGCAGUGGGAUAUGCUUGUCAACAUUGUUGAAAAAUAUGGUGUUGUCCCUAAGAAAUGCUUCCCUGAAUCUCAUACAACAGAGGCAAGCAGAAGGAUGAACGAUAUUCUGAAUCAUAAGAUGAGAGAAUUCUGUAUACGACUACGGAACCUGGUACACAGUGGAGCAACCAAAGGAGAAAUCUCUGCUACACAGGAUGUCAUGAUGGAGGAGAUACUCCGAGUGGUGUGCAUCUGCUUGGGUAAUCCACCAGAGACAUUCACCUGGGAGUAUCGAGACAAAGAUAAAAAUUAUCACAAGAUCGGCCCCAUAACACCCUUGGAGUUUUACAGGGAACAUGUCAAGCCACUCUUCAAUAUGGAAGACAAGAUUUGUUUCGUGAAUGAUCCACGGCCCCAGCACAAGUACAAUAAACUUUAUACUGUAGACUACUUGAGCAAUAUGGUUGGAGGGAGAAAAACUCUGUAUAACAAUCAGCCCAUUGACUUCUUGAAAAAGAUGGUUGCCGCUUCCAUCAAAGAUGGAGAGGCUGUGUGGUUUGGCUGUGAUGUUGGAAAGCACUUCAAUGGCAAGUUGGGCCUCAGUGACAUGAACAUCUAUGACCAUGAGUUGGUGUUUGGUGUCUCUUUGAAGAACAUGAAUAAAGCCGAGAGGUUGUCUUUUGGUGAGUCACUGAUGACCCACGCCAUGACCUUCACUGCUUUCUCGGAGAAGGAUGAUCAGGAUGGGACAUUUCUGAAAUGGAGAGUAGAGAAUUCAUGGGGUGAAGACCACGGACACAAAGGUUACCUGUGCAUGACUGACGAGUGGUUCACGCAGUACGUCUACGAGGUGGUGGUGGACAAGAAGUAUGUGCCCGAAGAGGUGCUGGCUGUGUUAGAGCAGGAGCCCAUUGUCCUCCCGGCAUGGGACCCCAUGGGGGCUCUGGCUGAGUGAUGCCGCCUCCAGCUCUUUCUGCCCCCCAUGAACCUGACGUAGCUGCAAACGACAGAUCCAGGGACGAAGCCAAAGUUACCCAGGUGACUGUGUGUUCCCCCAGGACACAGUCCUACUCUUAGAUUUACAGCCUCUGCCAGGAACCUCUUAGGGAAGUGUGCUUUAUGCUGCAACAAAAUAUUCACAAAGAAGAAAAAAAGGAAAAAUGAGAACAUGGUAUCUACUCUCUCGUCUCCAGCAGCUCCGGGUCUCAGCAUUGGAAGGUCCUGGGCGGCUGUUGUAAGAAGACAGGAGAGGAUGAGCAGCCGGGGUGUCUGCAGAGGAGCACCCCGUCCCGGCUCCUAGGCCGGCCGGCCGGGCAGGGAGGUGCCUACGCCUUGAGCCCUCAGACCUGCGCGGCCUCGCAGACCGCCGUCCUCCCUGGGGCCAGUCCCGGAAUUCAGUGUUUUCCAGGCAAUUUCUCGGGCCUCUUACGGCCCAGGAACAGGAGGAGGGUGAUCAGGCUGACACGUUCCUUCCUGUACUGAACUGUGGGGUGCAGCUCUGCUUGCCUUGGGUUAAACAGAGGCGUAGAGAAAGUGGGAGAGCAAACAACCAGAUCCUUAUCAUGGUCUCUCUGCAAUCGUUAGGGGGCGCUCUAGCCAGGUGGCUUGACUUUGCCUCUGCCCUGGGGGCUGGGGGGCAGGAAAAGGUGGUGUUCGUUCUUUCUGACUAGUUGGUGCUGAGAAGCUUUUGAAUAAAACACUUUGCUAAAUGAGAAUAA